ACGCGUCGACGCGACAUGCAGUCCAUCGAGCAAAAAGAACGCGUCGGACGAGAACGUAAUGCCCAAAUCAAACGUCAGAUCGAAGAACUGCAAGCUCAACUUGGAAAUGCUGCGGAGGAAGACGAAACAGAAGCAGGCCCAUCAUCACCCAAACGACGGAAAGUGGAGGGCACAGUGCUAGCGCCGAACACCCCGUCUCCAAGGAAGAAUCACGUCCUACGGCCGGCCAAAGCAACUGCAAGCAGCUCGUCGCGAGAUUCCGUUGUCAACUUUCCUAUUCAAAAGUUGGAGUUCGUGAAACCUGCACCCUCCGACUUCCUCAGAAAACUUGGAAAGAGUGCAGUGUCCACACACAAUGACGUGGAAAUCGACCCGUUCGUGCGCUCUACCGCAUUCACCGAUGCCCCCGCAACUGCACGGGAUGAAAGGCUGGCAUUGGUAGACAACAUCCCACUAGGGCCAAUAGAUCAUCAGGCGCCGUUCGACGAUCCUCAUUUCCUGCGAAUUGAACCAAAUUCCGGGAUCGCAUUCUCGUCGAGGAUCGUUUCGCAUGACGACCUUCAAGACCAUCUACGCGCGCGACACUUCCUGGCUCCGUCUCAACUCUACUCUGUGGCACGCCUGACCCAGGAUAAGCAGGGGUACGACGUCCCAGUCGAAGCAGACUGGGUGACCAUUGCCGUUGUUGCCGAGCGUGGGCCUUACAAGCUUAGUCGGGCGCCCGUAGCCAUCACAUCUGACGAAGGGG